AAUCCGCCAUCUCGCCGUAAAAUAAGCAGCUCCUCAAGGUCGUCUUCGCAAAUCUUGCAGCACCUCGGCCUUUCGCCCAAGCAGCCAGCCGCGCCGAGUGCCCGACCGACGGCCCAGAGCAAAGCAGAGGCGUCGCGGCCGCGGCCAGUGCCAGUUGCCGGACGGGCGGGCGGACCGGACGCUGCGCCUAUUAAUAAGCCGCGCCGUGCGCGUGCCCUGCCACCAUCCAUCCCCACCUCCUCACCUCGCGACCCAGCCAGACCCCGCCUCGCCCCCGCCUCGCCUGGAAACCGGCGUCGGCCGCGACCCCGCCCGACCACCGCUCCGUCUCGUCGAGAGGGGAACAGGAGGAGGAGGAGUAAUCUAUCAGGACCAGCAAGAUGUCGACCGCCACUGCCCCAAGACUGUCCGUCCCCAAAUCCGGGGUAAGCUUCCAGACCGCCGCUCCGGCGACCAAGAGCCCUUCUUUCAUCGGCUACACGAAGCAAACACCCAACGCGUCAGGCCUACGGCUCUCCAGCAUGUUCAGGGUGUCCGCGACGGCCGUGCACAAGGUGAAGCUGGUCGGCCCGGACGGGGCGGAGCACGAGUUCGACGCCCCCGAGGACACCUACAUCCUCGAGGCCGCUGAGAACGCCGGGCUGGAGCUGCCCUUCUCCUGCCGCGCUGGGUCGUGCUCCACCUGCGCGGGCAAGAUGUCGGCCGGCGAGGUCGACCAGUCGGAGGGGUCGUUCCUCGACGAGAACCAGAUGGCCGAGGGGUACCUCCUGACCUGCAUCUCGUACCCGAGGGCUGACUGCGUCAUCCAUACCCACCAGGAGGAAGAACUGUACUAGAGUGCUAGUGCUUCUUGGUUGAAGAUCCGAUGAUAGGGCUAGCUUUUGUUAUCUAGAGAUGAGCAUCUCUUUCUUGCAUGACUAAGUUUGUUCGAGACACCGUGCCAUACGAGUUGUGAAAAUAAUUGCCGUAAUACUAUCAAAUAUGGUUUAGCAAUUCAAACUGCAUUUGCUCUGUUCACCACAA